AUGAGCCGGCCGCUCUUUCUUCUCUUUGUCGCCUUGACCUUUCACUUUGUCUAUGCAAGAACUUAUCAUGAAGCCAUUCAUAUUAUCAGUCGCGUUCCGAAUAACCCGUCGCCACUGCGAGUCCGUUGCCAAUCUAAAGAUACUGAUUUUGGCAUGCACACACUCUAUGAAGGUCAAGAAUUUGUCUGGUUUUUCAACCGGGCUCUAACCACUCUCUACUUUUGUCAUUUCUACUGGGGUUCCAAAGAUAGAAGUUUUGCUGUUUACGAUCUUAGAAUAUUUGUAAACUAUUGUGCAUAUGAAGAUGACAAGGAUCAUUGCAAAUGGGAGGCAAGACCUAAUGUUGGCUCCAAUGCGAUGCAUGUGAACCUUGCUUCUUGGUGCAGACUUGUGGGGUUGAUUACAUUCUAA